UGGAGGCGUCUGAGCUGGAAACCAGUGAGCUCAUUCUGGCUGCAUGGAGAGGAGGGCGGGGCUCCCAGCAUCAUCAUCACCACCGGCCAUCACUGCUUCAUUGUACGGGGCUGCUGCUGAUGCUGAGAUCAUAGCGGAGGGGGGCGAUUUUUUUUUUUUAAAUUUGUUGAUUUUCACAAAAACAAAAGGAGCAUGCCAUGGACACGGUUUCACACAUAUUAGGACGCCACACGGUGAGAAUGGAUCACGAGCCCCUUUGUCUAAUAGGAGAAUGAGGAAGAGGAGGAACUGGAAACGUUGGGAGCGCCUUGGAAAGUUUCUGUGAAGUCUCAAUGAAAGCAUUAGAAGAGCCUCUCUAGUAUUUGACUAAAUGGCGAAGAAAGGGCGUCCGAAGGGCGAGAAGCCCGAAGCGCUCAUCUCUGCCCUGCAGGCAGCCAACGAAGAUCUCAGGUCCAAGCUGACUGACAUUCAGAUAGAGCUACACCAAGAAAAAUGCAAGGUGAGCAAGCUGGAACGGGACAAGGUGCAGGAGGUAAAGCGAGUGCGAGAGCAGGAGCAGCACCGUCACACUGCCAUGUUAACAGAGCAGCGGGCCAAGUGGCACGAGGAAAAGCAAAAGGAGCUCCAGGCUCUCAGGGAAAACCUGACACGGCAGCAUGAGCAGGAGCUGGCUCGCCAUGCCAAAAUCAAAGACCAGGAGAACCAGAGGCUCAAGGCCGCUUUGAACGCCAUGCGUGAUGGCAGUGGGGAGAAGGUGCGCACAGCACUGACCCUGGAAGCCAAGGAGGAGGCACGUCGCUUCUUUGACCAGGAGAGAGUGAAGCUCCUGCAGGAGAUAGUAGAGCUGAAGUCCUCUAAGAAGCAGACCGAUGAGGCUCUCAGUAACAUGAUCCAGGCUGACAAGAUGAAAGCUGGCGACCUGCGAGUGGAGCACCAGCAGCACCAGGAGCAGAUCUCCAAGAUCAAGUGGGACUGUGAGAGGGACAUCCGCAGACUGGUGGAUGAAAUCAAAUCUAAAGACCGCACCAUCUUUGCUCUGGAGAAGGAACUGGAGUCAACAGCAGGUUUCCUACAGAAGCUGCAGCUUCAGAAAGACGCCUUGGAUGAACAACUAUUCCUUGUCAAGGAGGCCGAGUGCGGCCUGGGAAGCCCGAAAAGAGAGAUUCCAGGCCGAGCUGGAGAUGGAGCAGAGCACUGUGGCAGCCCGGACCUGAGGAGAAACCAGAGGCGCAUUGCUGAACUCAACUCAACUAUACGUAAAUUGGAGGACCGCAAUUCGCUGCUGGUCGAUGAGAGGAAUGAAUUGCUGAAGCGAGUUCGAGAGUCGGAGAAGCAGUGCAAGCCCCUGCUGGACAAGAACAAGCUGCUGAGUAAGAGGAAUGAUGAUUUGACCCAGACUAUCCAGAAGCUGGAAGAUAAACUCAAGAGCCUGGCCAAGGAGAACCUUGAGAUGAGGGAGAAAAUCAGUUCCCAUCCUCCACUAAAGAAGCUGAAGUCUCUGAAUGACUUGGACCAAGCCCAUGAUGACCAGGAAAUAGCCUUUCUCAAGCUUCAAGUCCUGGAACAACAAAGCAUGAUUGACGAACUGACAAGAGACCGAGAGAAACUACUAAGAAAGAAAAGGCAUAAAAGAAGUUCCAGGCCAAUAAAGAGGCACAUCGUAGUAGACACCUUCUUUGGGUAUGAUGAAGAAUCUAUGGACUCCGAAACAUCCUCAGUGGCUUCAUUCCGGAUGGACAGGACCCCUGCUACUCCUGAUGAAGACCUGGAUGAGGGUCUAGCCAAUGAGGAGUCUGAGCUGCGUUUCCGUCAGCUGACCAGGGAGUAUCAGGCCUUACAGCGAGCCUAUGCCCUGCUGCAGGAACAGAAAGGAGGCAUACUGGACGCUGAGAUGGAAGCCAAGGCGCAGGAGCAGCUCCAAGCAGACAUUCUCAGGUAUAAGGCCAAAAUAGAGGACUUGGAGAAGGAACUGACCCUGAAGGGACAGGACUCCAAAUGGGUGGAGGAGAAGCAACUCUUCUUACGAAGGAAUCAGGAGCUAUUAGAGAAGGUGGAAAAGAUGGACUCAGAGUGCAGUCGGCUGCAGCAAGAACUCCAAGACUCCAAAGACCAGAAUGAGCUGUUAGAGUUCAGGAUACUGGAGUUAGAGGAGCGUGAGAGGAAGUCUCCUCCAUUCAACCACCUGAGGAUACAUCCCUUCUCUGAGGGAGUCAGUGCACUGCAGAUUUACUGUAUGAAGGAGGGUGUCAAGGAUGUGUGCAUACCAGAUCUCAUCAAACUUCUAGAUAUCCUGGGAGACAACGGGAACUUAAGGAAUGAGGAGCAAGUGGCCAUUAUUCAGGCUAGCACUGUUUUGUCACUAGCAGAAAAGUGGAUUCAACAGAUUGAAGGGACGGAGGCAGCUCUUCAUCAGAAGAUGAUGGAUCUUGAAAUAGAGAUGGAAAUGUUCUGUAAACAAAAAGGAUAUCUAGAAGAGGAGCUGGACUACAGAAAACAAGCCCUGGACCAGGCCUACAUGCAAAUCCAGGAGUUGGAAGCAACGUUAUACAACGCCCUGCAGCAGGACAAGGUGAUAAAGUAUGGUGAGCCUCUAGAUGAGCUUCAGAAGGACGAGUUGCGGACGGCAGUGGAGAAGCUGAGGAGGCAGAUGCUGAGGAAGAGUCGAGAGUACGACUGCCAGAUCCUCCAGGAGAGGAUGGAACUGCUGCACCAGGCGCACCAGAGAAUUCGAGACCUUGAAGACAAGACAGAAAUCCAGAGGAGGCAAAUUAAAGACCUGGAGGAGAAGGUGGUGUGUCAGCUUGGAGAUCUUGUUUGUGACUGCAGUGUUAUUUAUUUUCUGGACAAGUGUGGAACAAUGUGCAUAGCAGUGGCUGCAAAUGUCAUAACAUCAGUGACUGCUGUCAGUAUAGAUGGACGUGUCGUUUGUUGGUCAUGGACGUUCACACUUCAGAUCUUAUUCUUUUUGUUUUUGUGUUUUUUUAAAUGGGGGUAGGGUUCUCAGGAUGCUGCCCAGGAUGAUAUUUUUUAGAGCGGUGUUGGACAUUAAACGUCUCUCCAAACAGCUGCAACAACGACACACAAUUAGAAAGACGCUCACAAUAGACGCAGACACACACACCUAUACAGUAUGUACUUACAUACAGUUUACCGACACGCAUGCAUACACAGAUGCUUUGACAAAUCCAAACCAAAGCCUGGGAAAUGUUCUCUCUGCCAUGCAGGGUAAUAAUAUGUCAUUCACCACCAUUUAGCCACAGUGGGAAUAUAAACAGACAGAAAAACACAUAGACAAAGAGGCAAACAAACCGCCAGACCACAGCUUCUCUUCUUUUUCUCUUCUUUCCUUUCCAAACCUGAAAGGACGUUCUUUGCGAAUGCAACCUCUCGGUGAAUAGAAGCGAGCCAACUCAGGACCCAUGAGAGCGGAGGCCAUUUGAACAGACUGGUCUCAGGUCAGAUUAUAAUAAGGAACACUCAGGACAUGGUGUCUUACAGGCUGGCCUGCCCUCGCUGUUCCCAGAAUGGUGCUUACACAGACUGCUAGGACUUUCCUGGAAAAAAGACCUGAACUACACUGCAGAGACUAGUGUGUACAGACACUAUAGCUGAAGGGGGGAUACAGGACGCAACUUCACUGGACACUGAUAACAGACUUGAGUGAAGAGAGAUAAAAAGAAGAAGAAAAGAUCAAGUGUGAAAUGAAGCUCUCUGAUCCAGCUCCACUCAGUCUGGAUCUCCACAGAAAAACCUACGGAUUUUCAAACCGCUUCUUAAUUUUUCUCAAAAGCCAGCAGACUGUAAGAGCUUUACUCUCUGGUUUUCUUGUUUUUUUUUUCUUCCUUUGUUUCUUUUUUACAGCUCCCACCACUCAGAUACUGUGUCCCAAGAUUUCCACUGAGAAAACAUCCUAAUUCUGUACUGUAAUAUAUACACAUUUGUUGAUAUGUACAUGUGUCUGAAUUAUUUCAUGUAGUCUCCCCCUUAUAUUUCUGUGAAUAGUUGCCAUUUUCUUUUAACUCUCUGAAGCAGCUCGAACAGUUGAUGUACUUGGCAGUUUAUGGAUGACUCAAAUGGGGUAUAAAUUGCUCUGAUAUAUUGUAGUGACAGCUGCAAAGAUGAACUUUAUUUCCUUGGAAAUUAUAACUGAAAAAUCAUUGGAAUAUGAAUGUUGAAUAACAGAAUAUUUGCCUCCCCUUCCUCUGUCUGCCCUCCUUAUCACCUACAGUAUGUUCCUUAUUCUUUCUGUUGAAAAUGUAUUGCUCUGGUUGACCAGCAGGGGGUGCUGGUUUCACCUGAACAAGUUUCGACUACUCACCCUUUAAAGUUACAUGAACUUUUAACAAGACUGUAAAUAUUUUCAGACUACCUUGCAAAAUAUCUGGUUGGUUUCAAUUCAGAUCUAACAGUUAUGUCAUCAGUAAUUUCUUAUCACACAAAAAAUGGGCAAAAGCUAAAUUCAUAUGACUGAAAAGACAGAAAAAAAACAACUUCCCCCAUUUCUCUCUCAAGAAUACUGUAGGUUCUCUCUCUACCCUUCUUUUGUACUAACCAAAACUUCUUUGAUACUAACGGCCCUCUUUUACUAAACACUAUUUAGGCUAUUACUUCCACCAAAUGAAACAGGAGAAAGUUAAUGGAACACUACACCUACUCUACGUCUCUCCUGUCAAGCUAACUCUGCCCAGUCCCUGCAAUAUUUACUAGCUGACCGUGCUUGUUCCCUGUGUACCUGAGCUAAUGUAUCUGCCAUCAGACCAUCCCUCUGGCUCCAUUCACAGGUCUAGCCUCUCUCCAGCGUCACAUUACAUAGCCAACAGUAACUACGACCCACUUCAUUCACUUUAACUUACCGAGGGGAAUGACUGAGACUAUUUUUGUGCAAACUCAGCUAACUAGCAGUUGCCUUAAAUGCACUUUCCCCCUUUUUUCGCUUGUAUGUUCCUUUUUAACAAUUAUUUUUUCAGGCGGUUGAUAUUAUCAUGUAAUGUAAUGUAUAUUUUUUUUGUUUUUAUUUCACAGAGGAUCUUUUUUUUUAUCUUUACCCCCGUCUGUCUUCCAACGAGAAUUUAACCCCUCCUACUUUCGUCUAGAUUAUUAAAUAAACAGAAAAACGAGUAAUGCUGUAAAAAAUAAAA